AUGACUUUCGAUUUACAAAAAAUAGUAAGACCAAAAAUUUAUAAUUUAGAACCAUAUCGUUGUGCAAGAGAUGAUUUCACAGAUGGUAUCUUAUUAGAUGCAAACGAAAAUGCUCAUGGUCCAACUCCAAAAGAAUUACAAAAGGAUUCUCAAUUACAUAGAUAUCCUGACCCACAUCAAUUAGAAUUUAAAGAAGCAAUGGCACAAUAUCGUAAUAAAACUUCCUCAUUUAAAGAUGAUACUAAUUUAAUCCCAUUAAAUGCUAAUAAUCUAUGUCUUGGUGUUGGUUCUGAUGAAAGUAUUGACGCUAUUAUUAGAGCUACCUGUGUUCCAGCUAAAGAAAAAAUUUUAGUUCUACCACCAACUUAUUCAAUGUAUUCUGUUUGUGCUAAUAUAAAUGAUAUCGAAGUUGUUCAAUGUCCUUUAGUUGUCGAUGAUAAUAGUUUCCAAGUAGAUACCGAACGUGUUUUAACUAUAUUAAAAUCAGAUCCUUUAAUUAAAUUAUGUUUUAUAACUUCUCCAGGUAAUCCAACAGGUGUUAAAAUUGAUACUGAUAAAAUUAUAGAAAUUUUAUCAAAUUGGGAUAAUGGUUUAGUUGUUGUCGAUGAAGCUUAUAUCGAUUUCUGUGGUGGUUCUACUGCUCCAUUAGUUACUAAAUAUCCAAAUUUAGUUACUUUACAAACAUUAUCUAAAUCAUUUGGUUUAGCUGGUAUUAGAUUAGGGAUGACAUAUGCAUCGAAUGAAUUAUCUAGAAUCUUAAAUGCUAUGAAAGCACCAUACAAUAUUUCUCGUAUGGCUGCUUCUUAUGCUUUAACAGCAGUACAACAUCACAACUUACAAUUAAUGGAACAAACUACUGAAAAAAUGAAUAUUGAACAAAGACGUUUAUUAAAAGAAUUAACUGCAUUGAAUGGCGUCGAUGAUCAAUAUGUAGGUGGUCUAGAUGCUAAUUUCAUCCUAUUAAGAAUUAAUGGAGGAGAUAACAUAAUGGCUAAACAAUUAUAUUACAAUUUAGCUACCAUCUCUGGUGUUGUUGUUAGAUUCAGAGGUACCGAAUUAGGUUGUACUGGUUGUUUAAGAGUCACUGUAGGUACAGAAGAAGAGAAUAAUAGAUUGAUUACAGAAUUUAAAAAGACUUUGGCUGAAUUAAUGGCAAAUAAAUAA